UCUCAGCCCCUCUCACCUGUCCUCAGGUGUCCAGAUCCUGUGCAUCUGACCCUCAGAAGCCCCUGUCAAGUCCUGCCCGCAGCGUCCACUCCACUGAAGACACAGGGAGCGGGGCCAUGUGUCCCCCAGUCCGCAUGCGCCACGGGGCGAAGGGCCUGUCCUGCCUGUAUGCCGCCUGGCUGUACCAGCUUGUCCACGGAGACCAGAUGCAGAUCUGCUUUGCUUGCUUCAAGGCUGCCUUCCUGGUCGUUAAAAACAUGUUGGAGAUGGGAGACUGGGAAAUGUGGAGUCCCGAGUCCUCCGAAUUUUCCGAGACAGAGUCUGAGGAAGACACGGGGUCAGAGCAAGACGAAUGGCUGGAGUUCAGCUGGGGAGAGGGCCAAGGGCAGCCUCCUGAGGAUGACUCUGAGCAGGGAGUUCCUGAGGCCCAGGCCCCAGCACCUGUAGGGGCAGUGAUGGUGGGACUGGGACCCCAGUCUAUGCCCACUGAGCUGGAGCCUCAGGAAGCAAUUCCCCUGGACCUGGGCCCUGAGCAUGCUGAGUGGACCCAGACCCUUCCCUGGAGAUUCGAUGGCCUUUCUCCCUGCUCACACUGGCUCAUCCCACCUCUCUCCUGGGGCGAUAUUUUCAGUUUGAGCCCGUCUCCAGGGCAACCUGUAUUGCUGGAGCUGAGCCCCACCUGGCCCAUGGACCCUGUGGAGGCGGAGGCCUGGCUGGUAGAACUGAAGUUCGUUUUCUUGUUGGGUAGCUUCAGUACCACCUUCUACUUGCUGUCGAUGACUCCCUGCUGGGCAGUGAGGAUCCCCGUCCAGCGCUGGCAGGUGUUGCUGCACUCUGGUGAGGCGAGGUUGGCCAGGCUGCAAAAUGCCCCUCAGCAGGAGGACGUGCAGCGCUGGAAGCUGAGCAUCCUGGAGCCCUCAGAGCUGGGGAUAGAGAUGGUGCCUGCAGACUGCAGCCUGCGGAAGGGAGGCUUCACCCUGCACUCUUACUUGCCCUGGCAGAAUGGCACUCCAGAGGCCUGGAGCUGGGAGCCGAGAGAGCGACUGCAUGUCACAGAAGUCGUGCCUCUGAGUGAACUGCCCCUCUUCCAUCCCUCUUCCCCAGAGCCCCACAACUGAAGGACUGAGGCAGCCAGCACCAUCCUUGCUGUCCCAGGGCCCCAGGGACGGAAGAGCCAGUGGUUCCUGCCCUUAGCAGCCCGGGAGCAGGUCCAGGAUGACUGUCCUCUCUGCAGAGGGCCUGGCAGUAGGCUGAGGGGCUUCAGAGGGAAGCCUGGCUGUUCACCAUCAAUUUAGUUAUCCUCAGUUGACUGGUGUUGGGAAAGUGCAGGUACGGUGGACUGUUGUGCAGCUAGUGUGGUAACAGGUCACAGAGCCUGCACCUGCUCCGCCCUGAGGCAUGUGAUGCCCACCAAGGCACAGGUGGCUGAUCCACUACACUUGAUUCUAUCUGAAGGGCCAGGAGACCUGGUUCGGGUUUGAUUGGUUCAUGAUUGUCUAAUUCUUGUUCCUGUCCAUGUUGUUUCUCU